AAAACAUUGGUCCAACAAAAUAUUCAAUUUCUUUAACAUUUUUCCAUUUUUUGAACAUUACUUGUUCUUCCACUUCAAUUAUUCUAUUUGCUGAGUAUUAAGGCUUCCUUUUUACUCCAAAUUUGAAUUUCCCCAUUUCCCAUUUUUGGAGAAAUGGUGAGAUGUAAAGUCAAAUGGCUUCCAAUGGAGGAAUUCUCAGAGCCGAAGAAUUCUUUGUGUGUAUGAGAGAAAUAGAAAACAAUGCCUUCAACCAACAAAUUUCUCUCUUCAAAUCACACAGAAAAACAGAAAAACAGAAAACAGAAAACUCAAAAACGUUUGUUUUUCUUGUUCUUCCUCUAAAUUUCUGACCAUUCAAUCUCGGGUCUCUCUCUUUAUUUCUUUUUGAUUGAUUGUUCAUUGUUGUCAAUACCUUUCCCUUUUUUUUUUUCGAUCUUUGUAAGGGAAAGGUAAAUAAAAACAUAUUAUUUUAGGGAUUUGAAACCUAGUUUCGAAUUUGGGGACCUGAGUUUUGCUCGAAAUCGUUGUGAAAAAGUGGGUAUAAUCAUGGAUCUCGAGCGAGAGGUUUUAGUGGGUUUGUUGUUAUUGUCAUUUUGUUUACCUGGGUUCUGCAAUUUGGUGUUUGAAGUUCAACAUAAGUUUAAGGGUCGAGAGAGAUCACUGAAUGCAUUGAAAUCUCAUGAUGUUCGUCGCCACGGUAGGCUUCUUUCUGUCAUUGAUCUCGAACUCGGUGGCAACGGACACCCUGCUGAAACAGGGUUGUACUACGCCAGAAUUGGCAUUGGAAGUCCUCCAAACGAUUUCCAUGUGCAAGUGGAUACAGGGAGUGACAUUUUAUGGGUCAACUGUGUCGGUUGCAGCAAUUGUCCAAAGAAAAGUGAUAUUGGUGUAGAUUUGCAACUGUAUAAUCCAAAGAGCUCCAGCACUUCAACCUUGAUUACUUGUGAUCAACCAUUUUGCUCGGCUACAUACGACGCUCCGAUCCCAGGUUGUAAGCCAGAUCUACUCUGCCAAUAUAAAGUUAUCUAUGGGGAUGGAAGUGCAACAGCUGGAUAUUUUGUGAACGAUUAUAUUCAACUCCAACGAGCAGUUGGAAACCAUAAAACUUCUGAAACUAAUGGCAGUAUAGUAUUUGGGUGUGGAGCUAAGCAAUCUGGGGAGCUUGGUUCGUCAUCUGAAGCACUUGAUGGAAUACUUGGUUUUGGACAGGCAAAUUCAUCUAUGAUUUCUCAGUUGGCUGCAACUGGGAAGGUCAAAAAGAUUUUUGCACACUGCUUGGAUAGUAUAUCAGGGGGUGGGAUUUUUGCCAUUGGAGAAGUAGUUGAACCAAAAUUGAAAACCACACCAGUGGUACCUAAUCAGGCUCACUACAAUGUUGUUCUAAAUGGAGUUAAGGUAGGGGACACUGCUCUUGAUCUUCCUCUUGGACUGUUCGAAACUUCUUAUAAAAGAGGAGCAAUCAUUGACAGUGGCACAACACUAGCUUAUCUUCCUGAUAGCAUUUACCUGCCAUUAAUGGAGAAGAUUUUGGGUGCCCAGCCUGAUCUGAAGCUACGUACAGUUGAUGAUCAGUUUACAUGUUUUGUUUUUGAUAAAAAUGUGGACGACGGUUUUCCAACAGUGACAUUCAAAUUCGAGGAGUCCCUAAUCUUGACUAUUUACCCUCACGAGUAUCUCUUUCAAAUACGGGAUGAUGUAUGGUGUGUUGGGUGGCAAAAUAGUGGAGCUCAAUCCAAGGAUGGAAAUGAAGUCACUCUUUUGGGAGACUUGGUCCUCCAAAACAAGUUGGUUUACUAUAAUCUUGAAAAUCAGACCAUUGGAUGGACUGAGUACAACUGCUCAUCAGGUAUAAAAUUGAAAGAUGUAAAAUCAGGAGAAGUUUACACAGUGGGAGCCCACAAACUGUCUUCAGCAGAAUCCCUUCUUGUCAUUGGCAGAUUACUUCCAUUUUUAUUAGCUUUCACUCUCUUUUUUAUUCAUUAGAUUCUUCAACAAUACCCACUGCAUUCUUCUUCUUCUUUUUUUCCUUUUUUUAUUUUUUUUAUUUUAACUUUUGUUGUAUCAUAAUUUAAUUUCUCGCCACAAAUGGAAAUAAUUAAUUCCAUCUUCCCAGAAAAGAAAAAAAAAAGAAAGAGAAAAAUCAUCAGUUGUCUGUUUUAUUAUUAUUUUUUUUAAUGUAUUGUUGUAAGAGAGAGAUUUGUUUGUGAGUGUAUAAUGUAAUGUAAUAUAUUUGUAAAUGACGAAUGUAAUAUAUUUGUAAAUGAAGACAAUAGAAUGGUUGUAAUUUGCUUUAAUGAUAAUCAUUCUUGAUGCUUUUAUA